AUGUCCAAGCAACCAGCUACAGUAGUGCAACAUGAUCAAGAGUUACUGGAAACUCCAGAUAAUGGUUUAGAUAAUUUCUCUCCUACUAUAGUCUCAUCACCAAUCAUCCAAUCAGGUCAUGAAGAUUUCCCUAAGAUAACUGAACAUUUAAACUCCAACUUAAGCAUUUUACCUGAGUCGAGUCAUACAGGAAACACAAGUUAUCAGUUACCUAUUCGUACCAUUAGAGAGAUUCCUAGACAACAGUAUGACCCGGACUUAAAAACAAAAGUUAAAUACCCUAUUGCUAAUCAUGUGCCCUUACAUAGGUUGUCUUCGUCAUGUGCAUCAUUUGUAUGUCAAUUAUCCAUUGUAUCUAUUUCAAGUAAUGUGCGGGAAGCUCUGAAAGAUCCCAAGUGGACUCAAGCGAUGAAUGAUGAAAUGGAGGCCCUCCAGAAGAAUUCCACUUGGGAGAUGACUAUCCUUCAUAAAUGGAAGAGAACAUUGGGUUUUACCGGGAAUGACCCAAUGGAAAAGGCAGCAUUGCAGCACCACUUGGCAAGUGAGUUUGAAAUGAAAGAUCUUGGUGCUCUGAAGUAUUUCCUAAGCAUCGAAGUGGCUCGUUUAGAACAAGGAAUAUUUCUAUCACAAUGGAAAUAUAUCCUUGACAUUUUGACUGACACUGGAAUGUUAGCCAGCAAACCAGUAGAUACGCAAAUGGAGUUGAAUCAUCAACUUGGUGAAUAUCCUGAUCAGUUCAUGCAUGCACCAAGUGAAGCCCACAUGGAUGCGGUAAACCGAAUUCUGAGAUACUUGAAGUCAUCUCCUGGAAGAGGAUUGAUGUUCGCACGACAUGGUCAUAUAGAUGUUGAGGGUCACACUGAUGCAAACUGGGCGGGCUCUGUUACUGACAGGCGAUCUACAUCUGGAUACUUUACCUUUGUGGGAGGCAAUCUAGUAUCUUGGUGA